AUGACUGACACUUCUGAAGCUGUUUCCAGUUUUGAAGAGAUGUUUGCCAGUAGAUUCACAGAAGAUGACAAAGAGUACCAGGAAUACCUGAAACGCCCUCUCGAGUCCCCACCAGUUGUCGAGGAUUGGGAUAGUAGAGCUGGUGGGAACCAAAGAAAUAGAGGCAACCGGUUGCAAGAUAACAGACAGUUUAGAGGUAGGGAUAACAGACGAGGGUGGCCAAGUGACAAUCGAUCCAAUCAGUGGCAUGGACGAUCCUGGGGUAACAAUUACCAGCAGCACAGACAAGAACCUUAUUACCCCCACCAAUAUGGACACUAUGGUUACAACCAGCGGCCUCCUUAUGGUUACUACUGA